AUGUCACCUGUAAUUAUAAAAAAGUUAAUUAAGAAUUCCGAUGUUAGUGAUAAUGAGUCUAGUGAUGAAGAUUUUGUUUUACAUGGAUCUAAUGGCGACUGUGAUUCGGAGUUAGAUAAAAAUAUCUCUGAUGUUAGCUACGAUUCAGGUGAUGAGAAAGUUAUUAAUUCUUUAAAAAGAAAAAAAAGUAAUGAUAAUUUUUCUGAAAAAAAUUGUAAUUGUGGAGUAAGAACUAGAAGUCAAAGUUCUCUAAAUAAAAAAGUAGUGGAAUGGGUGCCGGAGGCUCCUCAGAUUGAUGUAAAUGCUAUAUGGAAUACUAUGAAUGAAAAAAGGACUGUUAAGGAGAUUGAUUAUAAUUUUUUUAGUCCUCCUGAAGAAAAAAUAAAAAUAUCUAGAACAUAUGAAUUUGCUGGGAAAGUUGAAACAGAGGAGAAGUUUGUUUUAAAAGAUUCUGCAGAGGCUAAGGUGCAUUUUUCUAGCAUAAAUCUUGUACAAACAUCUAAACCUCCUUUAAGAAGGCCCACAAAACGAGUAUCUUCUUUGGAAGCCUCAAAUAAUAAAACAGUUAAGCUUAAUACAUUGGAAAAGUCUAGACUUGAUUGGGCAAAAUUUGUAGAUAAAGAGGGUAUAUCUGAGGAAUUAAAAAAUGCAUCUAAAGAUGGUUAUAUUGAUAAACAAUUGUUUCUUCAAGUAACUGAGGAAAGAAUGAUUAAAAAUAUUAAGGAAAAGAUGAAGAAAUAA